AGCCAAAACUUUUCCUCAACAUGGCGUCCGCGGGGGCGAUAUGGGGCCCAGUUGCCCUGCGUCUCCUCCGAGCCGCCGUGUCUCGGACGACAGCCGUGGUCCGGGACAAGCUCGCCAGCGCGGCGAAGCCGCUGCAGAAUCCAGCACUCCAACCAGUCGCCGUUCCCGUCAGAAGCGGUCGACAAGCCAUCAACCCAGCGGCCCUUGCCGCACAGCAGCAACGAGGUGCCCGAGGCUUCUCCAGCACCUCGGCCAAGCGUGCCAGCAAGGCCGUCCGACGACUCCUCAGCUCCGAGAGCGCCGCUCCUCGACUCGAUCGAUCCAGGCUCCCGAGCUCCAACACUUCUCGCCAGGUUGCUCAGUUCUCCGGACGAGCUCCUUUUGCCAGUGCUCUGCGACCCAAUCUGACGGGCGGAGCCAUGCCCCGGACUGCCGGCGGCUACAGCCUGGGCGGCGGUGCCCGAUACUUUUCCCACACACCAGCAGCCCCUGCACAGGUCGUGCAGAAUGUCUCGCAGGCAAUGCGGGCCUUUUUCCUCUCCGGACAGCGAAUCCGGUACGACGGAGUGGGACCACGCGGUGAGGCCCAAUACCGGGCCGUCUCCGUUGUGGAGGAUGAGGCCAUGCGUAAGCUGGCCGCCAUGCCCAAGUUUGCCCCUGGCGCCUACGUCGACUUCCAGCUGAGCCCAACCAUCACGGCCAUGAGCCCUCUUGCUGCCGCCAUCGUCCAGGCGUCCGGCACCUCCGGCUUCCAGGGCCAGACUGUCGUCCCGAGCCUCAACACUGAGGGAUUCCUCGACGUCCUGUCGGCGGACUUUGGCCGCGCCUUGAAGGACCUGACUGCCAUCUAUGCAGACCUCGAGCGGCUCUCGGCCUUGGGCGACCUGCCGAUAUCUCUCGAGUCAGGCAAUCUGCUCCGGGUCCGAUUCCCAGGCGUCGAUGUCGAAACAGUAGAACGACUCUGCGAUGACAUUGGUGUCCAGCGGGGCAUUGUCAGCCAAGAUGUCGGGUUCGAGAGCGCUACCGGCGCAAAGAUGGCGUUGAGAUUCCCUUUCGCGCCAGACUCUGCCAAGGCAUUGACGUCCCCUGGAGGCUCGGAGAGGUCUCUGGAAGGACAUGAGCUAGACGACAUAUCGUCUCUCGGCGACGAAUCCUUCGUCCACGAGGCUUUUGCGUACGAAAACUCGGAGAAUCCCUGGAUGUCGGAGACGGACGGAUAUGAGAGCAUGUCACCUCCAGUGGAGUCGGAGCAGCAAUGCUCUGACGAGUACGAGGGCCUUGAAGGCAUCUACCGGUUUCUCGAAGAAUGCGACAAGGCCAAGGGCCGAUUGGGCUGA